AUGCUCUCAAUCCUCCCCAUCCUCGCCCUCUUGGGCCUCGCCUCCGCAUCACCACUCUCGUUUGCUUUCACUCUCAUCGCCCGAGACGAAACUAUAACGGAAUCUCAAAUGGUCGCUAUCGCUCCAACAUCUGCAAACUGCGAUAACCCACCCGCUGCCGGCGAAUGUGCAACCGCCAAAACAGCAGCAAAGUUCACCACCCAGUCCUUCGAUACCUACGAUGUUACCUCCAAGGCUGAACAAGCUGCUAUCAUCAGCCUGAUGGCGUUUGAGAGUGAUGAUUUCAAGUAUAAUAAGAAUCAUUUCCCCGGUGUUGCUGGGCAGGGAACACGAAACAUGCAAUCCCCCUCCUACAACAAAAAGUACGCAGCCUCCAUCUCGGCGUUGAAAGACCAGGCCGCGAAGGUCAGCGAUCCGGCUGGUUUGUUGGAUUUGUUACGCGCUGAUGAGACGUAUGAUUUCGGGUCUGGGGCUUGGUUCCUGACUACGCAGUGCUCCAAGGAUGUGAGGACGAAGCUGAAGGCUGGGACUGAGGAGGGGUGGCAGAAUUAUAUUAGUGAUUGUGUGGGGACUAGUGUUACGGAUGAGAGGAAGCAGUAUUGGGAGAGGGCUGUCAAGGCUCUUGGUGUUUAG